AUGAGCGCCGAAGAACAACCCACCGAGAAUGUACGACGACCAACUCCUUAUACUGAAAAAAUACAAGAACGUCCAGAAAAAAAUCCACCAAUAGUCUAUAAACCAUUACCACCUAAAGAAUUCUUCGAAAAAUAUCGUACUAAUAUUGAUAAAGCUAUUCGUAAAGUUUGGUCCAAAAAAGCAGAUGAUGAUUAUGUAUUCGAACCAUUUCAAUCAAGAUUUAAUUAUUAUGAUUAUGGUGGUCAAUAUAACUUUAUAUGCGAAUUAAAAGAUGGAGCUCCGACAUAUAUAUGCUGCACUGAAAAUUUUGAAAAAGAAGAUGGAGAUUUAGCUAAUGAUGAAGCUGAACGACGACGACGAUUAUGUGUUAGUGCUAGUUAA